AUAAAAAUGGCUCCCCAAACUGAAUUCGUUUCGAAAACUCAACACUAUCUGAAGGUGAAGAAACCUUUGUUGGAGCGCCAGCGUCGUGCUCGCAUGAACAAGUGCCUGGAUGCGCUUAAAGAAUUGGUGGCCGAAUUUCAAGGCUGUGAUGAUAUCUUGCGCAUGGACAAAGCCGAAAUGUUAGAAUCCGCAUUGGAAUUCAUGAAGACUCAGGUGAAGACGCAACAAAUAACCACAAAAUUACCCGCCAUGGUGCCCAUGGACUCCUUCCGUCAUGGUUACAUGAAUGCUGUCAACGAAGUGUCACGUGUUAUGGCAGGCACUCCUGGCAUCAACAUUAACACCGGCAAGGCUGUGAUGACCCAUUUGGGAGCUGAAUUCAAUCGUUUGCUGCAUCAACAAACAAUGCCAGUCCUUGUGAGCUCUGCUUCCACCAACACCAACAACUCUUCAGCCAUUAAAUCUCCUUUGAGCCCUGCUUCCUCGGGUUAUUGCAGUGACAGUGAGGAUCAGCAAUCAUCACAGGGUUCACCCUCGACCGAAAAGUCGGUAUGGCGUCCUUGGUAA